GUUUGUCGGCGGUUUUCAAGUGCGCACCUGAAUCGCGCUUCAAGUCAAAGCUUCGAGUUAUCAACCACACUGAAAAAUCCCAUUAAUCAAGACAUUCUUAAGUGUUAAAACGGCGGUAGACGAAAACAUCUUUAACUUGAUUAAAAAGUACUUUUUGCCUUCGGUCGUUGUCUCAUCUAUUCCCAAAAAUGUACCUGGGACAGCCUGUGAUUUUUUUGGGAUUAUGCUGCUUUCUGCUGACUCAUCACUGUGCACAAGGUCAAGCGAAUAAAGUGUCAUCCAAGUUGGAUUUCGAUGACAUGGAGAACAACAACAACAACCAGACGGGUGUGCCAGUUAUAAUCGGACAGGGACAAGGACAGGGACAGGGGCAGCAGGGCAACAGUGGCAGCGGCUAUGAUCAGGGCACAGGACGUGCUGGUUCAAGUGGCUCUGGUGGUGGAGAUGAAGGUGGAGGUGGAAGCGGAAGCAGUGGAGGUGGAAACAGUGGCCAUCGGCCGAAGAUUCACGGCGUGCGUGUGACUGUCGAUACGGGUGAUGGACAGCAGCAAACGAAAGCAGAUACCAAGGAGAGUGUGGAAAUUACGGACUUGGGUAAACACAAGAAACGUGUGGGUAUCCACACAGACAUUACGUUCGAAAUUACUGCCGAGGGGGAGGGAAAUGAGACGAGUUCGGCUCAGCAGCGAGACGGCGAGAAAGAGGACGCCAGUGUGCCCAUUUUUAAGGGUCGUGCCAGCAGCAGCAGAGGUGACUCAAAACAUCAGUCCAGAGAUCCCUACGAUCCUAAGGCGCAAUGGAAUCCCAACUAUGCUACUGAACAUCGUGGCCUUGAUGCCGGCAAUCGAGCUGGCUCCAGAUCUAGCUCAGACGGCUACUAUCCCCAGUACUAUCCCCAGCAUGUAUACACCAGCGAUAGCUCCGAUGUGGGCGGCAUCUAUCGCAACGGCGAAACUUGGACCCAUUACGUGCCCGUUUGGACCACGGAGCGGUCUCCGCAUGAGCAGAGCCAGCUGCAGCGACGUCCCAGCUGGAAGCCCUGCUACUGCAUGGCCUCCUAUGGCACCGACUACAGACGCCGUCGGGCGAGCAAGACGACAAAAGGCAUUAAAGGACCCUCAAGACGGGGAAUUGUCAAAAGUCAAGUCCAUAAGGUCGACAGCAAGCUGGAGCAGCCUUUCUCCUAAAACAUAAGAUUCGUUAAUUAAAAAAAAAAACUAUUCAAGAUAAACAAUUUAAAUAUAAUU